AUGGCGGACGAAAAAAAUAUCAAGCACAACAAACCCGAGCCUGGGACCAUUCCUGUCCCCGUCGCGGCUGCGCCGUCGACUCGCAUCCGGCGCCGCUCUCGUCUCGUCUCUGUACUUAUCCUCUUGCUCUCGGUCUUCUUGGUGUUUGUCUAUCUACAUCGUUCCAUCCAUCGGUCCCUGAGGAAGGAGCUCGAAGGCCGUGAGGGACAGUGGAUCGCCAGUGCGUUUGUAGAUGCCAAGAAGAGACCCCUGAAGGUCGUCCCCUACGGAAAGGUGGCAGAGAAGUUGUUCUUGACUGUCCCGAAUCCGGCGAGCGCCCUCGCUGCAUCCCGCCAGUAUGCGACGAAGCCCCACCUCGCGGGCAGCCCCGGCGACCUAACCACCGCUAAGGACGUUCUCACCCUCCUGCAGGAGGAGCUGGAUGCUGCCGUGCCCGAAUCGGAGCCCAUCUACUCUGCGGGCACGCAGGCGUCACGCAACGCGACGCUGUCGAUCACGUCUUUGAGCGCUCCGACGGCAUGGAUCGACGUCUACUACCCCGUGAUGAACACCCCGCUCGAUCGCAGCCUACAGAUCCUCGAGGAGGAUGGGUCUGUUGUGUGGAAUGCCGAUCUGGAGGAGGUUGCUGACGAGACGGACCCCGAGGCGGGAGAAUACAAGGACGCGGUUCCUACGUUUCACGGGCUGAGCCGUGGAGGGGAGGUCCAGGGCAAGCUUAUCUAUGCGAACUACGGGAGAAAGCAGGACUAUGACGAACUGGUAGAGCGAGGUGUGAACUUCACUGGCUCCAUUGUCAUCGUUCGUUACGGUGGCGUCUUUCGUGGCUUAAAGGUUAAGGGUGCGCAGGAGCUGGGUGCAGCCGGCGUGCUGAUUUACUCCGAUCCCCGCGACGACGGCACCGUCACAGAGAAGAACGGCUACAUCCCGUAUCCCUAUGGGCCUGCCCGCAACCCGACAUCUGUCCAGCGUGGUAGCGUGCAGUACCUCUCCAUAUAUCCUGGUGAUCCCACGACACCGGGAUACCCUUCAUACGAGAACAGCACUCGCACAGAGGGCUUGAAUAUUCCGGGCAUCCCUAGUCUGCCGAUCUCGUGGGCGAAUGCACAGGUACUAUUGGAGUUGAUCACCCACCCGGAUAAUGGCACGCGCACUGUGUCCCUGGUGAACCACGUCGACAACCGCGUCAUCCCCAUCUGGAACACCAUGGGUGUCAUCCCGGGCCAUAACAAACACGAGGUUAUCGUCGUUGGAAACCACCGAGAUGCAUGGGUCAUGGGCGCAUCGGAUCCCUCGUCUGGGACUGCCUCUAUGCACGAGCUUAUCCGAGGGCUUGGUGCCCUCCUCAAAGCCGGGUGGAAGCCUCUGCGGACAAUUGUGCUUGCUAGCUGGGAUGCUGAGGAGUACGGCCUAAUCGGAAGCACCGAAUGGGGCGAAGACUUUGCGGACUGGAUCGGCGAGCACGUCGUCGCAUACCUCAAUCUGGAUUCGUCUGUCUCCGGUUCUCGCUUCGGUGCCUCUGGGUCUCCCUCACUAGCGCACUUCCUGCGCAACACUGCUCAGGACCUUCCGCACCCUACUAAGCCGGGCCUCACGCUAUGGGAUGCUACCAAGGACUCCGGCGUGCUUCUUGGCGACCACGUAGAUGAUGAGGCGCUCGCGAUGUACGAGGAGGAAAUUCAGAAGGCGGAUGCCCUCGGUGUAGGCGUCCUCGGCUCUGGCAGCGACUAUACUGUCUUCUUGCAGCAUAUCGGGAUUGCCAGCACGAAUAACGGCUUCACGUCCACCCUGUCCGACCCUGUGUAUCACUACCACUCCGUGUAUGACUCCCAGAGGUGGCAGGAGAUCUACGCCGACCCCGGCUUCUUGCGCCAUACCGCGGUAGCCCAGUACCUCGGGCUUCAGACUCUCCGCCUUGCCGACGCCAUCAUCCUUCCCCUCAACACUACUUAUUAUGCCAGCCAGCUGGAGGCGUACGUCGAUAACGUCGAGGAGCUCGCCCUGACAUCGGCGCUCGAAGUGGACUUCUCGUCGCUGCGGGAGUCCAUCCACUCCCUCCGCGCCGCGAGCAUUGAGCUAGACGAAGAGAAAGAGGACGCGGAAGAGAGCCUCAAGCACAUCAUCUGGCGGGUCGCCAAGCGCAACCUGAUCAGGCGCAAGCUCCGCCAGGCCCUGUGCAAGCUCAAGAAGUUGUUCGGUAAGAAGUGUGGGAAGGACGAGCGCGUGAAGGAGAUGCACCUUGAUGCCGAUGCAAACGUUGCAUCCGAGGCCGUGCUACACAAGCCCGGAAAGAAGUGGCGGCAUAGAGUCCACGCUGUCCUCUGCAAGGUCAAGAAGCUCUUGGGCAAGAAGUGUCACCACCACGACCCACACAAGCCUGACGAGCCCAACAGCGAGGCUCAAGACCGCGUCGUCGCGUUCGAGCCGGAAACCAGCAAGUUGAUUAAGCCGCGUAUUGGGCGCUAUCCGGCGUGGCUCAAGGAGCAGCGCGCGCGAGAACGCGCGGGCACCUGCCAUAUGAAGAGCGGAUCCCUGCACAAAAAGGUCAAGAAAGCGGUGCACCGCGUGCACAAGGCGAACAAGAAGUUGGUCGCGUUUGAGAAGGGCCUUAUCCACGAGGACGGGAUCAAGGAUCGCGAGUGGUACCGCCAUUUGGGUGUUGCCCCUGGCAAAUGGCUUGGUUAUGGUGCAACUACGCUACCUGCGCUCACAGAGUCGAUUACGAUCGAGAAGAAUGCAACUUUGGCCCAGUACGAGGCAGCCAGGUUGAAGAAUUUGAUUGAUAAGCUUGCAGAUGAGUUAAAGCCGUGA